CCAUAACCUUAAAUUAGGACCAAAAAGCUUAUUUUUGUUUUUAUACAUCUUUACAAUAGCAAUAUUACUUUGUGGCUGUGGUAACUAACUAACCGUGGUAUCCUUAUGCUAGCGACUGUUUGGAACUCGUAUACCAGAAAUCGGAAUUGCAUAACUAACGUUAACUAGGAGGCACCACUUGGGUUCCCAGUUAUUUUGGAUGUGGGGAGGAAGUGGCGUUCGUCAACUGGAGGCACAUAGUGUAUGGAUCUGUGAAAAACUGCUGCACUGUGUUACAUAGACCACCAGUUCUACAGGCAUGCUGAACACGCCAAUGGACCGACACAUCGACUGACAAUGGACUGACCGGCCCUCUCCACCAGUCUCCUGCCCCUCUCAGUGUUUGUGCCUGCUGGUUCCCGGUUGGGAGUUCCUCGGGCACCGGGUGUCAUGGCGUCCAACAGUCGGGCUGGAAGACAUUCCCUGUGGUGGUUUCUCUCGCCGUUCAGGAGCAGGCAGGAGCGUGUGGUGCUGGCACGCAGCGAGAGCAUGCCGGGGGAACACGUGCUGAAGAUCACCAUCACAGAGACUACUGUGAUCGAGGCAGACUCGGGGGUGUGGAACUCUAAGUCGCUGGUCUACCUGGGUCUGUGGUACUUCUUCAGCUUCUGCACACUGUUCCUCAACAAGUACAUCCUGUCUCUGCUGGAGGGGGAGCCCAGCAUGCUGGGCGCUGUUCAAAUGGUCUCCACCACCAUCAUAGGCUUUCUGAAGAUGUAUGUGCCUUGCUGCCUAUACCAGCACAAGUCCAGGACUGAGUACCCCCCCAACUUCCUCAUGAUCAUGCUGUUUGUGGGUCUCAUGAGGUUCACUAGUGUGGUGCUGGGACUGGUGAGCCUGAAGAAUGUGGCGGUCUCCUUCGCUGAGACGGUGAAGAGCUCCGCGCCCAUCUUCACUGUCAUCAUGUCUAGGCUGAUCCUAGGGGAAUACACAGGGAUGUGGGUGAACCUGUCCCUUUUUCCUGUCAUGGCUGGCCUGGCCCUCUGCACUGCAACAGAGAUCAGUUUUAAUAUGCUGGGCUUUUCUGCAGCCCUCUCCACCAACAUCAUGGACUGUUUACAGAAUGUUUUUUCAAAGAAGCUACUAAGUGGAGACACAUACAAAUUCAGCCCUCCAGAACUGCAGUUCUACACCAGUGCAGCUGCAGUCAUUAUGCUAAUACCUGCCUGGGUCUUCCUCAUGGACCUUCCAGUGAUUGGGAAAAGUGAGCGUUCGUUCAGCUGGAGUCAAGACAUCGUUCUGCUGCUGCUGUUUGAUGGGGUCCUGUUCCACCUGCAGAGUGUCACCGCCUACGCCCUCAUGGGACGCAUCUCUCCCGUCACCUUUAGUGUUGCCAGCACAGUGAAGCACGCCAUGUCUAUCUGGCUGAGUAUCAUUGUGUUCAGUAACCACAUCACGGUGCUCAGCGCCGCCGGCACGGCCCUGGUUUUUGUUGGUGUGCUGCUGUACAACAAGGCCAAGCAGUUUCAGAGAGACACGUUACAGGCCCUGGCCCAGGCUCAGGACCAACACAACAAACCACUUCUGCAGGACCACGAGCUCAAAGCAUCGGACCGAUAUACUCCCCAGGAGACCAAAGGGGGAGAGACCAAAGAGGUCUGUUCUUUUUAACUUUGAUCAUGUAGAACCUGAUAUGCAGACUUGCACCAGCAUUACAACAAAUCGGAGAAGUCAACGGUCAUCAUAGCACAGUGAAAGGAUCUGUCACUGGGGUUUCUCUCAGUGGGAAUUGUCCAUUCGAGAGGCUGGUUUCAUUCGGCCUCAACUUGAUUCACUCUGAUGAUACCUUUGUGAACUUGCCUUAGUGUGCGGUCUGAAUGCGGACCAGUGUUUGACUCGGUUCUGGUGUGUUAGAACUUCACUUUUACUCUGUCAAUUCCUUUUGUUGUUCCAUUCCCUCACCUGAAAUGUUUCAUUAUUUCAUAUGGUUUUGAAACACGAGCAAACUCAGGAUUUCUCUCAAUGUUCAUUGGGUGGAAGCGGUUCAAUGCAAGUCUAUUUUUUCUGCGUACUUGCCUUUAUGAUAAUUUUUGUAAUGUUUUAUUGAGUCUUACAUUUUUCGGUUAUGGACACACGUUGUCGUUGACUAAACAGCUUUAUUCUCCUGAUCAUUGGCGAAGGUCCAUCAACAUGUAGAACAGUCAAGACAUUCAUCAUUCAUUCUAAUAGGGCUUUAGCUCAGCUGUAUACCAAUUGGUCACAAGUGUAAAGCAAAUAUUUGCGGCAUUAGCCUGACCACAAAGGUGUCUUACCUUCGGGGGAGAUGAGGUAGAGAGGGUAACCCUUUAUUUGUUUUCCCAAAGCUCACCGUUGACACUGAACUUCUCACAGCAAUAUAAUUUUAAAUAUUUGAAAACCUUGAGUGCAGUCUGCAGAGGUCGUAUCCUUAUCUGCAGUUCUUACAAAUUCACCUAGCAACCAUUUUUAAUUUUGCAAAGCUUUCUUUAGGUUACUAUUGUGUUGGUUCUUCAUUUUCUUGUUGUUCUUGAACAGAACCUGAAAGUUUCGUCAUAGCUAGGUGUUGAGAGAUUGAUUUGGGCUUAUGUGGCAUUGUGUAGCUUUCUACACCCCUGUCUUACUUUCUGUGCCACACUGAACCUUGUUAUUUGCUAAGAGUCAGUUGAAUAAGGGAGACUUGAUGUACUUUAUUUCAAGUGCUAAGCAUACUGUUAAUGAAACUGUUAUUUGUCUUGAGUACAUUCCUUUGUUGUUUUUGCAUUCUUGUUCAACAAUGAAUGUAUUUUUAGUAGUUCUGGUUAUGAAAACCCAAGGUCUCUCAACCAACCUCUUCAGGAUCUGCCCCUAGAGCAAGGAUAUUCAUAUUCUUGAUACCAUUUGAAAAUAAACACUUUGAAGUUUGUGGAAAUGUAAAAGGAAUGCAGGAGAAUAUAACAUAUUAGAUCUGGUAAAAGGUAAUACAAAGAAAAAUAAAUAUUUAUUUUGUACAAUCUUUGAAAUGCAAGAGAAAGGCCAUAAUGUAUUAUUCCAGCCCAGGUGCACUUUUGAUUUUGGCCACUAGAUGGCAGCAGUGCAUGUGCAAAGAUUUAGACUCAUCCACAGAACCAUUGCAUUUCUGUUCAAAAUGUUAUAUCAAGACUGCCGAAAUGUGCCUAAUUUGUUUGUUAAUAACUUUUCAAGUUCAAAACUGUACACUCUCCUCAAACAAUAGCAUGGUAUUAUUUCACUGUAAUAGUUAUUGUAAAUUGGACAGUGCAGUUAGAUUAACAAGAAUUUAAGCUUUCUGCCAAUAUCAGAUAUGUCUACGUCCUGGGAAUUUUUCUUGUUACUUACAACCUCAUGCUAACUGCAUUAGCCUACGUUAGCUCAACUGUCCCGUGGAUGGGACACCGAUCAUAUCCUUUCAGCCAUAUUACCAUUUUGGUGAUGUAAUCUAAUAUUUGCAUUAAACAAGCUAAGUUACAUAGAUUCUGUUGUGGAAUCUCCAAAGACUGAUUUAUUCAAUGCUGCCUGACGAGAGAGAGAAUAAGCGAGAAGACCAUGGGUGUACUACUCUUGUCCUCUUGGCCUGUAUUCUAUGCUGGUUUUUCAUCCUUGCCUUUUAACUUGGAACUGAAUUAUAUCUGCAUAACCAGGUGUGUGACUUCCUUAGCCAAUCAAUUACACUUUGAGCAAUUAAGCACCAGGGAGAAACAAAAACCAGAAGGACUUUGACCCCAAGGAUGGCUGUCACUAGUUGCCACAAAGUCAUAAACCCUGCCUAUUUCUACAAUUUAUCUGCUUAAAAUUAGAUUUUUUAACCUUAUGCCCAAACUGAACCUUAAACUAAGACCAAAAAACGUAUUUGUUUUCAUAAAUUUUUAUGAUACAGCCAAUUUUGACUUUGUGGCUGUGCUAUCUAGUGGAAACCUUGGCAUGAAGCAGUCCAUGGCUGGAAUUCAAUCGUUGCAGAUCGGCAAUUUUUUUCUGCACUGACCUCUCAGAAGUGUGUUUGAUUUGACAACAGUAUAUCCCGGAUGGAGGGAAUUGCCACUUUAAUUAAAAACUGUCAGUCGUAUGGAUUGAAAGAGCUUAGCUACAACGAUUGAAAUGAUUCAACAACUCUAUUGAGCUUUGGCUUAGUAAAACUGGAGGGAAUUUUUGUCCUUUUUCUAUAGGAAACGUGUGAUCAGUAGGAUAGACUAAAGUGAAACUAUUCAAAACUGACUACAUUUUGUAAGGGGAAGCUGACAUAAGAUGGAAACGUCUGUUUGCUUCAGUGAAUAGUACUGGCAUUGCCUUGGUUUUGUCAUGGUGUGGUACUCUGUGGUGCUUUUCUCAGACUAACAACAAGUUCAACAAAGGAAAGUCAUAAUUUUCCAACACUGACACUGUUGGCACUUCUCAAUAUGGGCAUGUCUCAACUUUUGACAAAUUGGAAUGUUUAAAAAAAUAUAUAUAUAUAUAUAUAUUUUUUAAAGCUUAUCUAAGCAGGAAGUCACCAUGCUGUGUAUGACAAUGUCAUAUUGCCGAGUCUGCGUUUAAACAACAAUAUUUGUGAAAGUUCUCACAUGCCGUUUGUUGACAAUGUUCGUACAUUACUAAUGUAGACACUAACUUGUGUGCAUUUGACUAUUUCAAUCAAUCAAUCAAUCUUUAUAGUUGUAAAUUAUUUCUGACUAUUUCAGACUGGCUUUGUUCAAUCUUCUAAUUAUUUUACUAGUCCCACUUUUUUGCACGUUUCUCUGUAUUCAUGAUCUUACCAGACUGUGCUUUUCAGUCAUGGUACAGUGUUGAUAAGACUACUGUGAUUAAGGUAUUUAUUGUCAACUUCAAAAUGUUUAACCAAUGGGGUAUAUCAAAGACCACAUCAGGUCUAGUGCUUUGUAAAAUUCUCAUCAAGAGACACUCCUCCUAUUCUCUGAGAAUUUGCUCAAUCUGUUUUUGGGGUUGUAUUAUUUUAAGAGGCAUUUAUCUUUAAAAAUAUAUUUAUAAUAAACCUGUGGACCUUUUUAUUUGAUGUUGAUGUAUUCCCCUCAAUUAUUUUGUUGGUUGCCAUAUGAACUUGAUAUCGUACUUUACACUGUGAUUUAUCUCCCACUUCUCAUUGUCAUUUAUGCGUCUAGCAAUAUGUCAACAUUCACAUUAAUGUACCUCUCAAUCUGUGUAUAACAGAAGAUGGAAGGUAAAAUGAUUGUGUAGGAUUAAGGGAUGAUAAUAUAACAAAAUAGGUCUACUGAAUAGGCCUAGUGCUAAUACAUAUAACUGAAAAGGGUGUUUCAUUUGAAAUUGUCAAUGUAGAUCCUAAUUGUAUAUUUUGGGGUGCUGGUAAUGUGAGUUUGUGGUUACUAAUUGUAUAUUUUGGGGAGCUGGUAAAGUGAAACAAUGUAAGGUUUAAUCGAUUUAAUAAUAGAUAAUGUACAGUAUAAACUGGGUUAAUAAAAGUGAUUUUUAUUGUGUUA